AUGUUUAACCGCAGCACCAAUUACUCGAAUCCCUUCAGUUCCAGGAACGGAGGGCCUCCUUCACGAGAUGGCUAUUCGGUACCUGGUCAAGGACCUCCAUCUUACGGUCAGCCGAUGCCGUCUAGGCCGCCGAUUGGAGCGAAGCCUCCGGCCGGAGGUGGUCACUGGACAUUACGGCCUGCAAAGAGCCCGGAUAACAAUUAUACAUUUGGGAACCUGGUUGCAGUGUCACCCUCGGAUUUUCCUCCAACACGCGACGGACUUGACCUCCUUCUCCUUGUUAAUGGCCUCUUCGUCCUCUCCGCACGACCGUACCCCAACUUUCAACCGGGCCACAUCAGUAUGUCGGAUCCGCAGCGGACAUGGGCUGGGGUUGCGUUCACGGAUACCGUCGACGUGCAAAUCUACGAUCCGUUUAGUCAAGGUGGGCAGGCCUACCUUGGCUCUACAGACAUUGAAGUAGGAUUCGCCGGCAAAAAGAGAGUUGAGACGCCAUACGACCAAGAUGAUCUGGGUAAUGCAGUUGCUAAGAACUUUGAAAACCAAUUAUUUGCUCCUGGUCAGAAGAUCUUGAUGGAUCACCGAAGUAUUCCGCUUUUGUUGACUGUCAAGACGGUCCAGCGGGUUGACCUGAGUUCAGAGAAGGCAGACCUUUCCGGCGGGGAAGUUGAGACAGAUCCCACUGCGAGGGGUAUUCUGACCAGGCACACUCAGUUCAACUUCUUCAAGGAUGCACGAACCGGUAUCAACAUGAAGCCAUCGGCUCGCCGGCCAGCGGCUAACUCCAUCAUCCAACCGGACUUCAAGUUCGAGAACAUGGGUAUUGGAGGUCUCGACUCAGAAUUCAGCACAAUUUUCCGUCGUGCAUUCGCUUCCCGUAUCUUCCCUCCGGGCCUUGUCGAAAAGUUGGGUAUCCAACACGUUAAGGGUAUGCUGCUUUAUGGUCCUCCAGGAACGGGUAAAACUUUAAUUGCCCGGCAGAUUGGUAAAAUGUUAAAUGCGAGAGAACCGAAGAUUAUCAACGGUCCUGAGGUAUUGAACAAAUUUGUUGGUCAGUCAGAAGAGAACAUCCGGAAGCUCUUCGCCGAUGCGGAGAAGGAAUACAAAGAGAAGGGAGAGGAAAGUGGGCUCCACAUUAUCAUCUUUGAUGAAUUGGACGCUGUAUGCAAGCAGCGUGGUAGUGGAGGUGGUGGCACCGGUGUGGGGGACAGUGUAGUCAACCAGCUUCUCUCUAAGCUUGACGGUGUAGACCAGCUCAACAACAUUCUGCUCAUCGGUAUGACCAACCGAAUGGAUAUGAUCGAUGAAGCUUUGCUGCGUCCUGGUCGUUUGGAAGUGCACAUGGAAAUCUCCCUACCCGACGAGCAUGGACGUGGUCAAAUCUUGAAAAUCCAUACCCAGAAAAUGCGAGACAAUAGCGUCAUGGACCAUGACGUCGACUUGGAGGAGCUAUCGCUUAUGACCAAGAACUUCUCAGGUGCUGAAAUUGCUGGUCUCGUGAAGUCAGCGUCCUCAUUUGCCUUCUCGCGACAUGUCAAGGUUGGCACGAUGGCCAGCAUCAGCGACGAUGUUGUGAACAUGAAGGUCAACCGUGCCGACUUCCAUCACGCUCUUGAUGAAGUCAAACCGGCAUUCGGUGUGUCGGAAGAGGAACUUUCCAGCCGCAUCCAGUACGGCAUCAUUCACUACUCUCCUGUUAUUAACGAGAUCAUGCGGGAAGGAGAACUAUUUGUGAAGCAGGUCGGGCAAUCCACGCCGCUCUUCUCCGUUUUGCUGCACGGUCCUACGGCAAGCGGAAAGACGGCAUUGGCAGCUCGGAUCGCCAUCGACUCUGGCUUUCCCUUCAUCAAGCUGAUCAGCCCCGAGGACAUGGUGGGAUACAAUGAAAUGGCCAAGGUCCACCAUAUCAGCAAGAUCUUCGAAGACGCCUACAAGAGUCGCACCAGUGUUGUCGUCGUUGACAACAUCGAGCGAAUUAUCGACUGGGUCCCUAUUGGUCCCCGCUUCAGCAACACAGUUCUGCAAACCCUGAUGGUCUUUCUCAGAAAGCAGCCAAGCAAGGACAGGCGUCUUCUGGUGCUGGCCACCACCACGCAGCGCGCAGUGCUGAAAAACCUCGACGUGUACAACUCAUUCAAUGCUGACAUCAUGGUCUCGAACGUCAACACGUACGAUGAAUUGCGGUAUGUUAUGGAACAGUCCGAGGCAUUCAAUGCUCAGGAGAUUGCACAGGCUCUGGAAGAAAUCGGUGGUAUCAUUGAUGAUGGAAAGAUCGGGGUUGGCGUUAAGAAGGUGCUCCUGGGUAUUGAGACAGCUAGGCAGGAUGUCGACAAGGUCGGACGUUUUGUGCGUGUAGUCAAUCGGGCUAUUGAGGAGGAGCGGAUUUUUGAGUAA